CACUGUCUCUUUCAUUUUUAGGCAAAACCCUACUCUCAACUGAACAAAAAUAACACACCCUAGGGUUUAUACUGUUUUCUUUCACUCUGUUCAUCAAGCCAGAUUGAAAUUAGUUCUAAAAUGGCGAUGCUGCAACGAUGUGGACGAACCAAGAGCAUAGCUAAGAGGUCAAGCAAGUACUUGGAAGAAGCGCUUUAUAACAGGCUCUUUAAAGAUGGCAGCUCCGAGGUCAGCGUUCGACAGCAAUUGAACCAGUUUCUUAAGAGCUCAAAACGCGUUUACAAAUGGGAAGUGGGCGAUACUAUCAAGAAGCUUCGCGAUCGCAAGCUCUAUUACCCUGCCCUCAAGCUCUCAGAAGCUAUGGCUAGAAGGGGCAUGAACAAGACAGUCAGUGAUCAAGCUAUUCAUCUUGAUCUAGUUGCAAAAACUCGAGGCAUUGAUGCUGCAGAGAAUUAUUUUGUUGAUCUUCCUGAAACAUCAAAGAACCAUCUGACUUAUGGUGCCCUUCUCAACUGUUACUGCAAGGAAUUGGCGACUGAAAAAGCAGAAUCUCUCAUGGAAAAGAUGAAGGAACUCAAUAUUGGUUUAACCUCCAUGCCCUAUAACAGCCUCAUGACCCUUUACACGAAAAUUGGCCAACCAGAAAAGAUACCAGCCAUUAUACAAGAAAUGAAAGAAAAUAAUAUAAUGCCAGAUUCGUAUACAUACAAUGUCUGGAUGAGGGGUCUGGCUGCUGCCAAUGAUAUUUCUGGGGUUGAACGAGCCAUUGAGGAGAUGAAGAGGGAUGGCCGAGUUGCUUCAGAUUGGACAACAUACAGUAACUUGGCAGCAAUUUAUGUUGAUGCUGGAUAUCUUGUGAAGGCAGAAAAGGUUCUUAAGGAAUUGGAGGAUAGAAAUGCUGGUCAAGACCUUUCUGCAUUCCAAUUUUUAAUUACAUUGUAUGGUCGGACGGGCAACUUGCUUGAAGUUUAUCGAAUAUGGCGAUCUCUGAGACUGGCUUUUCCUAAAACUGCAAACAUAUCGUACUUAAACAUGAUACAGGUGUUAGUUAAAUUGAAAGAUUUACUGGGUGCAGAGAAAUGUUUCAGGGAAUGGGAAUCUGGCUGUUCAACUUAUGAUAUUCGAGUUGUAAAUGUUCUCAUUGGAGCUUAUGCUGAGGAGGGUUGGCUUAAAAAGGCUGAAGAACUCAAGCACAGGGCCCGCAGGAGAAGAGUGAAGCCUAAUGCAAAAACUUGGGAGAUCUUUUCAAAAUAUUAUUUAAAGAAUGGAGACAUAAAAUUGACAGUUGAUUGUUUGGCCAAAGCAAUAGAUACUGGUAGAGGAAAUGGUGAAAAGUGGGUCCCAUCAUCUGAGACCAUUACGACAUUGAUGGGGCAUUUUGAAAGAGAAAGGGAUGUUGAUGGUGCAGAAGGAUUUGUGGAGAUUCUGAAGAAGGCUGUUGAUAACAUAGGGGUGGAGGUAUUUGAAUCAUUGAUAAGAACUUAUGCAGCUGCUGGGAGGACAAGCCCUGUGAUGCGUCGACGUUUGAAGAUGGAGAAGUUGGAGGUGAAUGAAGCAAGUAAGAAGUUGCUUGACACGAUUUGUGUGGAGUAAAUCUUUUCUUGGAGUUUCAAUCCCCAUGUGAGCCAUUUUAAAUGACUGCUAUCAUGUUUUGGAAAUAAAAUGCUCUCCAUAUGUUUGUCACAGUAGUGAGAUAUUUUCAUCUAAGCACUGUAUUCUGAUUUCAUCAUUCAUAUUGAAGAUACAUUACUUUUUGUGUAUGAA